AUGCCUGCGAUGCUUGGCCUUUUUGCGACAAUAUUCGUCGUACUUCACGUUCCUGGAACAGAAGGUCAUGGUAGGCUCAUCGAACCACCGGCGAGAAACUCCAUGUGGCGGAUAAGCUACGACACGCCCCCUAACUUCGAAGACACCGAGCUCUUUUGCGGAGGCAUAAAGGUCCAGUGGGAGGACAACGGCGGCCGGUGUGGCGUGUGCGGCGACAACUACGCGCUGCCGCGGCCACGACGUCACGAGACCGGCAACGUGUACGCGCGCAACGUGACGGUGCGGCGCUACGCGCCCGGACAGCUCGUCGACCUAGUGGUUGACGUCGAGACCAACCACCUGGGACACUUCGAGUUUGCCCUCUGCCCCAGGGCAUCGUGGGAAGUGGCCGAGAGUGAGGAGUGCUUCGACAUGCACCCGCUCGCCGUAGUCACUGCUAGCGGACCCACACGUAAGAAGUCUCACUUUUACACGGACGAACCACCGACCCGCUACCGGCUGCCGACUGCAACCAACGGCCUCUACAUGAUUCAGGUCCGGCUGCCGGAGAAGCUCACCUGCGAGUACUGCGUCCUGCGCUGGCACUGGAGAUCUGCGAACAACUGGGGAGACUGUGGCGAUGGCAAGAUGGCACUGGGCUGCGGACCACAGGAGACGUACCGCAACUGCGCCGACGUCGCCAUCGGGCACCGCUUCGGCCUGCGCGGUCCUCUGGGGGCCAACGCUGUACCAAAGCGUUUUGGAGUCACCAAGCCAAGGAAGGUCAACGCCAUCUAG